CGGCGAGCCAGUCCAAGACCGCAAGAGGCCAAAUCCAAUCGCGAACCACCGCCGGCGCCAUCGUCUACGUCUACUACCUGCUCCCGCCCAGAGGCCGCAGCAUCCACCACUCGAGGACUUGCAGAGUCUGCAGCAGCAGCUUCAGCUGGCCAGACUCCGUCCGCCGAUCAACACACGGGCACAACGCCUCCCGUUUCCUCGUUUCGAGGCUGCACCGCGCCGCCUCCAAGACGCCGGGAGCCUCAUCGCCUCCUCUGGCGAAAAACCGCUUCUCUCCGGCGAGCUGCCUCCGUUUCCGGGUGAUCGAGUCUACGCGCGCAUCGCCUCUUCCCAAGGCAGGAUAGGAUCCCUUAUCGGCCUGACGCGAUUCGUGGAUCCGACGGCGAGGUCUGCGCCGUCCACAGGCCACAGCUUACAGCACCGCUCCUCCCCUCUCCUUGUCCUUACUCUGGCAGCGCAACCCUCCCUGCUUCGACUGUCCUUUUUUUCCACAUGGAGACUCACUAGACUACUAGAGUUGUCCCUCCGCUAGCCGCACGGAUCAUCUCCGUCCUCACCUAUUCUCUCUCUCUCUCUCUCUCUCUCUCUCUCUCUCUCUCUCUCUCUCUCUCUCGCUCGCUCUGCAGGUCUUGGAGGUAGUGCCGUCGACGAGGCAUCUCCACCCCUCCGGCGAGCUCCCCUUCCAAAAAGUGGCAGUGCUUUGGAUAUUAGCUUUUGCAUUUUAGUGGAUCGGUACUCCCAGGGGUUAUGCAUGACAGCCCCUGUGGCUCUUCCAAAUGAUCGAGCAGCAGUCUCCCAUUCUGCAAGGGUUGACUUAUUCCGAGACACUAGUUGCAACAUAGAAAAGGAGGUGUUGGCCAGUAUGGGAAAUGACCAAGAUUCGACUGCUGCUGGAACAAAUCCUGGUUUCAGAGUUGGGGAGAUCAGGUUUGGCAAUGGAGAUGUUUAUUCUGGCACAUUGUUGGGGAACACACCAGAGGGUUCAGGCCAGUAUCGCUGGUCAGAUGGUUGCACCUAUGACGGUGAGUGGACGAGAGGGAUGAGGCAUGGGCAAGGAAAGACGCAAUGGCCAUCUGGAGCCACCUAUGAGGGCGAGUAUUCUCGCGGCUAUGUAUACGGUGAAGGCACCUAUACGGGUCCAGAUAAAAUCAUCUACAAGGGACGGUGGAAGUUGAAUCGCAAGCAUGGGCUUGGAUAUCAGACAUAUCCAAAUGGAGACACGUUUGAAGGUUCGUGGAUUCAGGGAGAAAUAGUAGGUCACGGGAAGUACACAUGGGCAAAUGAGGACACUUACGUUGGCAACAUGAAAAGUGGCAGGAUGUCAGGGAAAGGAACUCUUACAUGGAAAAAUGGGGACUCAUAUGAGGGUAACUGGAUAGAUGGCAUGAUGCAUGGGUAUGGAAUCUAUACAUGGAAUGAAUGCGGGUAUUACAUUGGAACAUGGACAAGGGGACUGAAGGAUGGGAAAGGUAAAUUCUAUCCGGAAGGUUGCAGAGUUCCUGUUAACGAUGAGCUGUAUAUCAAAAAUCUAAGAAACCGUGGUGUACUGCCUGAUAUUAGAAGGCAGAAUCAUGGCUCACGCAUACUUCACUCUUCCUCGGUUGACAUGGGGAACAUGAAGGUUGGUAUAACCAGGCAAUCUUCAGAUGUUUUGUACAAAAGGAAUCCAACUGAGCAGCCUCCUUUGAAGAAUGUGUCUUUGGAAAGACGGUGGAGCCUUGAGGUGGCUAUUGAAAAGUUUAUUGGCCAUGAAUCGAUUGAAAGUUCUGGUCAAGAAAGCUUGGAAAACUUGAGUGAUUCUCGUAUGCCCAUACUGGAAAGAGAAUACAUGCAAGGCGUUCUAAUCAGUGAGGUGGUUCUUGACAGGAGUUUUUCAGACUCCUCAAAGAAGACAAAACGCCGCCAGAAGAAAAUGGUAAGGGACACAAAAAGGCCUGGAGAGGCGAUAAUUAAGGGACACAGAAGCUAUGAUUUAAUGCUCAGCCUGCAGAUUGGAAUCAGGUACACAGUUGGGAAGAUUACACCAAUUCAAAAACGUGAAGUUCAUGCUUCAGAUUUUGGACCAACAGCAAGUUUCUGGAUGAAUUUCUCAAAAGAAGGAUCUCGGCUUACUCCUUCACAUUCAGCGGAAGAUUUUAAAUGGAAAGACUACUGUCCCAUGGUUUUCAGGAAUUUGAGAGAGAUGUUCAAGAUUGAUGCUGCAGACUAUAUGAUCUCCAUAUGCGGAAACUCUGCUCUUAGGCAACUAUCUUCCCCUGGAAAGAGUGGAAGUGUCUUUUUCUUGUCACAAGAUGAUAGAUUCAUGAUUAAGACUCUCCGAGAAUCUGAAGUGCAGGUUCUUUUACGAAUGCUUCCAAAGUAUUAUGAUCAUGUCCGUACCUAUGAGAACACCCUCAUAACCAAGUUUUUUGGCCUCCACAGGGUGAAACCUUCUAGUGGCCAAAUGUUCCGGUUUGUUGUAAUGGGAAACAUGUUUUGCACUGAAUUGAGAAUUCACCGGAGGUUUGAUUUGAAAGGCUCGUCUUUAGGCCGCUCUACUGACAAAAUUGAAAUUGACGAGAACACAACUCUGAAGGAUUUGGAUCUUAAUUAUUCCUUUUAUCUUGAACCUUCCUGGCGUGAGGCUCUACUGAAGCAGAUUGAAACAGAUAGUGAUUUUUUGAGAACACAGCGGAUAAUGGAUUACAGCCUACUGCUUGGUGUCCAUUAUAGAGCUCCACAGCACUUGCGGACACGUGCAUCUUAUCACCGGAGCAUGGCAGCAGAUAGAUUGACCGUUGUUUCUGAAGAAGAUGCUCAGGAGGAGGAUGCCCUUAGCCAUCCAGAAGGAUUAGUCCUGGUUCAAAGCAGUGGCGAGAACAGUGUUGUUGUUGGUCCUCACAUAAGAGGCAGCCGUUUGCGUGCAUCGGCAGCUGGAUUUGGCGAGGUAGACCUGCUGCUGCCUGGUACCGCCAGGCUUCAGAUCCAGCUAGGAGUUAACAUGCCUGCAAGGGCAGAGCAAAUCUCCAAGGAAGACGGAAGCAAAUCAUUUCGCGAGGUGUACGAUGUCGUGCUUUACCUGGGCAUCAUUGACAUAUUGCAAGAGUACAACAAGUCAAAGAAAAUCGAGCACGCUGUCAAGUCCAUGCAAUAUGACUCUGUCUCCAUCUCUGCCGUCAACCCCCGGUUCUACUCGGAGCGUUUCUUGAAGUUCAUCCAGACCGUCUUCCCCGAGAAUUCAUAGCUCAUGAGUCAAUACUUGUUCGAAACAUGAGACCUGAUGAUUCCCACGGCAGUCCCUGUCUCCAAAAUUGGAACUUGCAUGCAUCAGAAAAGCAUUAGUCCCUUCUUUGAUGAACUGUCAGGAGGAAUGGGAAUGGCUGACAAGAUGAGGUUCGUGAGGGCUAUUGUGCAGAAGCAAAUAGAUCUCAUCUUUCUUUGGUUUUGUCCCCAGCCCCUGCGAUCAGCCGGCCCGGCUGGCUUCCCUCUUCCCUGAGUAGGCCGUAGGCGUGGCAUACUGCCCCCCACCUGCGAAAAGAUUUAUAAAUAAAAGUUAACGGCAGGAAGAUUUGGGGUCGGCACUCGGUGGCUUAGCUGGCUGUUGGGAGUCCGGGAAGGGAAAACUGGCAGCACCAGAUGAGCAUUUCUCGGUGGAGAGUUGUUUCUAAGAACAGGUAGCGGUGUUGUUGAGUUUCUUAACGGUAGUAAUGGCGUCAGUACUCGGUCGCCUGAAAAUCUACAGAGGAGUCAUUUUCCUGGCUGCUGCGAACUGGAGUGGUAUAGUAGUCGUGGUUUCUUGUAAUUACGUAGCUGUUGGCUGAAUCGAUCAUGGACCUUAGUGCCCAAGAAGACAGAAGCCCAAUUUCAGUAAACUAAGCCGGAGGAGAAAACUCAUCAGCCAGCACCGACUCAUCCAAAGUCCUUGUAAUGGGGGAAAAGAGUGAUAUAUAGAGAGACAGUAGCGUGCAAGGAAGAUGUAGACGCAAUGGGCCGAUAAUAUUCUUGAAUUGCGUUGUGUGAUUUUGAUUCC